UAUGGAAAAAAGCCGCAUGUUUGACACCAGAGGGGUUCAUUUUGAUGGCAACAAAAUGAACCAACAACAAUGAAAUACAAAAAGUAAACAAACCGAAAUACAGCUGGUCGAAUUGUGAACACACACAACAACAACAAUACAAUAACAGGCAGAAAAGUAUCUGAAAGAUACACGAAUUGAAACGACAGCUAAAUGUAAACAGACACUAUUGUAGGCAAGUUUAGUUAGUAACGAGAACUUGAGCCGGUUGGUUGUACAAGCGAAUCAAAUCAGUUUUGAAAAAUAAAGUAAAAGAUACGAGGUACUAAAAGUUUAUUUUAACGUUUAUUUCAAAAGAGCUAAAUUUUAUAAAAAAAAAAUAAAAAUUCAAACGUAAUUUUUGAAUUUAACAAAAUUAAAUGAAAAGUGAUUAAAGCAGCUGCAUAAACAUAAUUUUGUAUAAUUAAAGUUUGAGUUAACUAUUGUAUUAAAACGGUGGUUAAUCCCUAAAUGAAAACCAAAAAGUGUUAAUCAGUGUUUAAAUUUCUUAUUAAAUUUUUUUGGGGGUUGUUAAAUGCUAAAACCAAAAUAAUAAAACCAGCAACAACAACAUUGUUUUCCUAUUAAACGAGUGUAAAUUGUGUAAAUGUCAACAUCCCUGUAAAUGUGAUUUAAGUAGACUGUCAAAUUUUGACAUAUCUUUUGACAGCUCAACAAUUAUUUGACAAAUUUGUAAUGAAAAAAAUAUAUAUAAACAAACUAAAACGUGUUUAAUUAAAUAUUACUAAGAAAAUUUCAAAAUUCCAAAUAAUAAAAUCAGUUUAAAGUGUAAUAAAACAAAAAAAAACAGAAAUUAAAUAUAAUAAAAUUAUCAAAGUUUUUAGAGCACAACCAUAAAAAAAGAAAUUUCAUUUUUUAUAAUUUAAUUACCUGCAACAAAGAAAAUUAAGAGAGUAAAAAUACCAUAACAAAAGUUAAUUGUUACAAAAAAUAGAAAAUAAAAGUGAAACAGUUUCAAGUGACAACUUAAAAUAAAAAAAAUAAAACUUUGCUCAUUUCUCUACUUGGAAUUAUAUAUCUAACUAUCAUAAGAAAAAAUUUUGCAAUUUUGGCUGUUAACCACUUUGGCUGCUCAACGUUUUUUUUUUUUUGGAAUCUACAUACUUAGCAAAUAGCGCUAUCUAUCAACGUUAAAAACAAAAGCAAUUUAUACACUUUUUAUAGCUUGUUAACCAUUUCAACUUGGUACCUCUGCUCUCACUCUCUACAAAAAUAAUAAACGAUUAUUUGCCAGUAACCAACCGUUAUCAGGUGUUUACUUUUUCAAUUUUUUAAUACUUUUGUUGGAAUUAUUAAACAUCAACAUCAUCAAGACAAUCAAUUGUGGACAACUCAGUUAGAGAUUUUGAAUGGUUUCAUAGAUCAAGCAGCUAUUACAACUAAAGCAACAACCAAUUCUUGUACUAUUCCAACAACUUUACCAGAUGCUGAUGAUGAUUGUUUUUGUUGUUUGAGGAGAUAAAAACAACCGCCGCUAAUAAUUGUAAUGAUUGGUAAAUGGAAUAACGGCAUGUUAAAAGAAAUUAAGAGGAAACAAUAUUAAACUUCUCACACACAGGAAAUACGAAUACAUUUGGAAGAUUCAAUGCACGUCAUUAUAAGCCAAACAAACUCUUCAACUGCUCCUCCUUCUGCAACCCUACUUCCACUUCUAUCGGUAUCUCCCAGCAACACUUUCAAUUCUCUACAACACACCUUCGAAGCGUCAUGUCAGAACCAGUCAGCAAUGAUGUUAGCACAGAAUCAUUAUGUACGGUUAUAGAAACGAGCAGUAACGAAUAUUUAUCGAAUAAAUUUAAAGAUCCCCUCAAAAGUAUUUCACUAGAAUCGUUAGAUACAAAUAAACGCAACUCAUUCAACGAAUCGCAGACAACAAAUCUCAAGAGUAACGGCUGUUUGCGCAACAGUUCACUGGAUGAAGGCUGUGAUACAGAUGCCACAGAUCGUUCAUUUAAUACCACAGAAGAGGAAGACGGUGGCAACAAGCCAGAGGUAAAGACAAAAUUGAAAAAAUCGGUUUCAUUUGAUCCGAACGAUGAGAAGAUACGCAAAUUUAUUACCGGCGAACCAAUUGUGGAUCAACAGAAUCCCUUCAAAACCAACGGCUAUUUGAGUAACGGUAACGCCAAGAGAAAGGAAAAGAAAACUCCACCUCCGGUGCCAGCCAAACGUUCUACCUUAAGUGUGCGUAAAACAGUUACCCAGCAGCUAAGAGAACGUGAACGGGAAAAGGAGAAAGAAAGAGAACGCUUGAAAAACGAGGCUAAUAAUCGCAAGAGUAACGGCAUCAUCAAGUCGCCCUCUGAUGAGUUUGUUACCACAGAAGAGGUCUUAAAACAAUCGAAGUACGUCAAAACGUACAUUAAAAAUCCCGAUCCAUAUUUCGUCUAUGAUCCCACAGUAUUAGCCAGAAUUAAAUUUGAAGAACUAAGAGAAAUAGCUUUAAAAAAGCCACCAAAGAAGUUACAACAGCCAGCCCGAGAUCAUCAACGCGAUAGAUUUAAAGAUUUAAAAAAUCGACAAUCCGAACCUAAACAUCCCAAACUGCCCUUGGCAUUUAAGAAAUGCUCCAAGCCCAACUAUCCUGAGCUAUCUGACUUGAAAAUUAAAACAGGCACCGAUCUCGAAGACAGCCUUUAUAAUCCCCUGGAGGUGAGCAAGAAUGCCAAGAAGUUUGAUGAAAGAGUCAAGAAAUUGCACAUUUCAUCAGAUGAUGAUUUAGAUGAAAUCGAAGAACCUUUAACGAAAAGUGAAUCCAGUGAUGACAAUAAUAUGAUGAGCCAACUGAAAAGCAGCGAAGAAGAUAAAAUGCCCCAAAGUGAGGAAGGUAACAUAAGUCGAGAACCUUCUCCACCACCCCAAGGUACAUUUACCAAUACCAUCAAGUCGAAAGAAUUUCAAGAAUAUCUAGAGAAAAAAGGUCUAACCUUAAUACCCAAAAAGAUACCCAACGGUGCCCAAAACAUGUAUACCAAACCGCAAGCCACUGCUAUUAAACAGAUCAGCUUUAAAGCUGAGCCAGAAUGUAUACACUUCUCACAUGGUCUGGAUAGUGUAGACGGUGGGGAAAAUAAUCGCAAACCUUCAGUGUUUCAGCGAUUAUUGGCCAAUAGCAUAUUUGCUUCGAGAAGAAAAACCACACCUAAAGAACCUUUACCCAAUCCCAAAUCAGUGUAUGAUUUUAAUAAGCCCAAUAAUUAUCAAGAAAAUGGCUCUUUGAAACCCAUUAAAAGAGUGGUGUUGGAACGUCAAAGUUUCCAUGGCCGACCAAAAACAGGCAAUCUAUUAAGUCCGGCAGAGGCCUUGGAAUUGAAACAGCAAAUGGAAAGAUCUCGCAAAAGUUAUGCCAGUGGGGAUAAUCUUUCCGUAUCCAUUUCAAGUGCUUUAACCGAUGCUGAAAAUAAUGAAAACAAUGGUUCUACUGAAAAUCCCCCAGCCAAUAAAGCCCAUAAUCCUACUUUAACCCCAGGCUUAAGACGUAAGGAAUUGCAAAUUAAGACCAUAGCCAAGCCUCCUCGGCGAACACUCUCGCGGGAGCGCAUGAAUAAGCACGAAGCCAAUCAUAAGACGGUACUAAGCGAAAGACCUACCACAGUUAAUAACAAUUUAUACACUCUACCCAGAGAGAAUACGCAAAAGAAUGAUACGAAUUUCCGACGUUCUUUGGAACGCCAGAGUAUGAUACCCAAAAGAACUUCACAAACUGCUGACCGGCAACAGGUAUUUCCCCGAUCAUCGUCCAUGGAUCGCAAUGAGAUUUUAAGAAGAAACGCUGCCCGUGUGCAACAGCAAAGAUCUAAUAGUGUAACGGGAGAUACUUUAUUGGCACCAGCACCCAUUAGUACUCGAACAAAGGAAAAUUUGAGAGAAACCUCAUUUCCGGUUAAUGAGGGUCCGGUCAUGACUUCGACUCCCAUUAGAGAGGGUCAAAUACCCAGACUAGGGGAAACCAAAACUAUUUCACCCAUUUCAUCCAUACCCAAAAAAGCCUCACAGUUGGGAGUCUAUGUAGAUCAGCAAGAAUGGGAGAAACUAAGAGCCAUUAAAGAGCAAACCGAUAAAGAGUUGUAUUUCAGAGUAAUGCAGCAACAACAGAAGUUGCAGCAGCAACAGCAGCAGCAACAACAACAGCAACAAGGUACUAUGGGCCAACCUCAAAUGACCGAUAAGCAAUUGGAAAAUAUUUAUGAACAUUUACCAGGAGGCUCCCAAGUACGUUUAGCACCUCAAAACGAUGGCAGCUUUACACGAGGUUCUCCUCAGCGCAAUACCUUUUCAGGAGUUAUACGUUCCAACAACAGACAGGUGAAAAUUAUAGACGGUAAACCUAUAGUGGGCACUGAACCUUUAAACACACAACAAGUAUUGCAAAAUACUCCCACACGCUGCCAAAGUGUUUUGGAUGGCAUGAUCCAAGGUCAGGCCAAUACCAAACGAGGCUACGAAAGUGAGACUCCCGAAACUCCGGUGGUAUUGAGAAGAAAACAAGACGAGGCCACACAGCCAACAAGACGCAUUGGCGGCCUCUUGACUAGAGAUGAAAUAUUGCAGAAAAUUAAAGAGUUUUGUCGUAAAUCACUCAACAAAACACCCACAAACCAGCCAAAUCCGCCUCUACAAUCUAUAUAUGAGAAACAAACCACAGAUCUCUCACCGGUUUCUUAUGUAUCCGUAGAGACACACCAAAGGCCGGCUUCUAGAAUGUAUGCAGCUCCCCAGGUGCCACAACGUAUGCACAGCUUGCCAACAGCCACCGGGGGUGGACAUUUUGUUCCUAUUGCCCAAGAAAUUAUAACUGAUCCCAACACCAAUUCACCCAUUUAUGCACAUGUGGUGAAACGAGGCAGUUUACAAUCCAAUCAAUCGGAAUUGUAUGAAAUUCCUCAACGCUCUAUAGUAACAGCUGGCGGCCAACCAACCCAAUAUUUGGUGAGGAGAGAACCAGAAUUGAAACCUGUAUACAUUAGACAAGGAACUUUACAGAGACCCGAAAGUGCCUUUUCCCCAGCACCCACACAAUACAUACUAGUAGAUGGUGACAAAUUGCAACCAGCACAAAUAAUUACAGCCUAUCCACAGAAUGAGUUGUACGCCCAGCCGCAAUACAUAAGACCACAUCAGCUGCAAAAUAUGCCUGGUGCUUCUUAUGGCUAUAUAACGGUGAGGGAACCGGUUAUGCACCAGCAACCGCAACAACUGCAGCAGCAUCAAAUAAUACGUCCCCGUUUGCACGACGGUCGUAGUACUCCAUUGAUACUUGAUCGUAGUUCAAGUCAACAAGUGAGUCAAAUCUAUUGGACACCACAACAUCAGAGACUACAACACACCCAGCAGGCUGGACUACUAACAGAUCAGAUUAGUCCACGUUACGCUCUCAAACAGUCUUAUGUGAUGUCAAGUCCCCAACAACUGCAGCAACAACAACAGCAAAAUCGUGCUACACCAACAAUAAUGAUGCUACAGCAAACACCACAACCACAACAUUCACCAUUGCAGCUAAACAGCAACAACAUUCCAACACAACAACGUCAGUAUUCGCCCAUUAUAAGGGCAACUACACCAACACAACAACAACAUCAGCAACAUUUUCUGCAACAAUUACAACAACACAACAAUAAACCACAACAACCACAAAUACAAGAAAUUUGCACAUCCAACACAGUACGAAGACAAAGUCCCGCUUUCGACUGGGAGAGCGGCUCCGAGGCGGGCGAGGUACAAAGAAUCAUGGAGAAGCAACAACAAAAUGGUGAGUUAAAACGUACAACACUGUUAAGGAAUUUGAGGCUGAAAAUGGCACGUUUAGUGGGCAACACUAGAAAGUAGUAUAGUUACUAAUAAAUAAAAUAAAAUACAAAAAACAAACAAAACUACAAUUAAACAGUUUAAUUUAACAAUAUAAAAAAUCAAGUG